AUGUUCACUACCUUCAAACGGCUGCACUCUAAUUCAAAAGAAGUGCACAAUACCGAGUCAGUGGUUAAAAAUGAAGUUUCAAUGCACUUUGUAACCGCUCAUCAUCCAUUAAGACCAUCAUGGCGUUCUAUUCGGAAUAAAGUACGAAUUUGUCGGCAGAUACAAUAUGAUUUAGCUCAUGUUUGUCAUCCUGUAGUUAGUAGAAGCAGCAGCAAAAAUAACGGAGUAUUAACUGCUGUUCGACCACGAUUUCUAAUCAGUUCAGUGGAGCAACAAAUUUAUACAAUUUUAGUAACGUUCCUGGACCAAAUCAUCGAAUCCUAUCAUAUCACGUAUAGCACAUGGGCAUGUAGGAAGUUUGGACGACAGCUAGCAAGUGUUUUACGAGCAAUAAGUUUUGAUCAUGAAUACUGCUGGCGAUUGCUGGAAAAUCGCAUCCUUUAUUACUUGGUCUUAAAACAUUACAACAUUUCAGUAUUACUUGCGUGGCAUACUUUUAUUGGUGCUUUAUCAGAUACUGUUAUUAAAGGUUUCUGUCAAGCAACAUUUGCUGAUUUACCAAAACAGUUACCAACAAUCUUUGAAGAUUCACCUGCUGAGUGCUUUUUGUACAUUGAACCUUAUCGUCCAACAUUUCUUGUCAAACUACUCAACUUAUUUGUAUGCUCUAUUAUUUUAUAUUUUGUGAGAAGCAUAGAAGGAAAUCUAAUAAAUCGUGGAAGCGAAGCAGAGGAAAAGCACAGUCAAGAAAAGCCAUGUGGACCUGCUCAGAUUCUGCCGAAAAAUGCAGAAACUUAUCGGGUCCUUUAUGCUUACAAGCCAAAGAAUGUGGACGAGCUUGAACUGCAAGAAAAUGAUAUCGUUUUUGUUGUGGAAAAGUGCGACGAUGGCUGGUUCAUCGGUUUGUCAUUUUCAUUUAAUCAUUUGUAA